UGCUGUCACUGCUUGGGCACCGUGCAGAUGUUGAGAAUUUAAAGUUAAGACUGCAGCGACUGUCGACUGCUAGGCGCAAGAGCUAAGACUAAUCCUAGCCUAAUCCCAGCCAGAGUCAAAGCUAAGAGAGAGGCCAGCGCACAGUGGGGCAAAAUGUAAUUAACCAAAAAUGAACGCAAUGCAACUAAAACUACUAACCCGAAACGACAGGCGCUUAGCACGUAACUAGAGACGCGGCCAACCGCUCACCCGCUCACCCGCUCAACCGGUCAACCGGUGAACCGCCCAACCAGUCAGCCGCCGACCCGCCCCCAAGAACCGCUGCGCAGAGCGAGGAGUGCGCAAUGGCCGGGCCACAGGUGCAGCAUACGCAGCGUCCGAACAGCGCCUACUACACGGGGCUCAAUGGCAGCGGCGGCUCUGCUGGUGGUGGUGGUGGGUCAGCCUCUGGGGCUGGGGGCAUGGCCAGCAGCGCUUCGCAUACGGGCCUGGGACUGCAUGCCCUGCGCCAGGUGUCCAACGAAACGGAGCUCAUCUAUCGGGGCAGUCACAGCAAUGGCACAGUGAACGAGCUGCCCGGCAGCGGCAGCGGCAGCGGCGGUGGCGGUGGCGGUGGGCAGGCGGGACGACAGCUGCCCAGCAGCCACAUGGGCCAACACGGCCGCAUCAUACAGCACCAGCCGGCGCACAGCUCGCGCGAGAAUGUCGUGAGCAGCAUCGCGGGCACGGGCAACCUGGCGACGGAUGCACUCAUCGGCACGAUUGCCACCAGCACGGGAGCUGGCAGCAGCAGCAGCGCCCUGGCGGCGUUCAACAGCGGCGGCGGCGGUGGUGGUGGCGGUGGUGUCGGUGGUGUGGGUGGCACUGCUGCCGGCACCGCUGGCGUCGUUCUCAAAAAGUCCAGCACACAGCGCAGCAUUGAGAUCAUUGUGGAUGCCACGCAGUGCGGCAAGGAGGCGGCCGACGUGGACGACGUUGAGCAGGGCGACGGUGGCCAGGAGUCGUCGUCCUCGCUGCGCAAGUCCUCGCGCCAUCGCCAUCGGCCACUGCACCGACGCCUCAUCAGCUAUCUGCGCAACCUGUUCCAGGGCAGCGACGCACAGAAUGCUUUGAUCGAGCUGCUCGUGGCCUGGGGCUGCAUCUCCAAGCGUAAGCGAUUCGUAUCCCUUGCCCAUGCGCUACCCCCUCGCCUGAUCAACCCGAUCUGUGCCACUGCCACUAACUG